AUGGAUGAGCGAGACUCAGCUGGCCCUGGAACAGAAAGAGGCCAUGCCAUCCAAACUGGGAGCAGUGAGGGAUUCUGGGAAAACUCUGUGCAGACGAUCCUGGGUGAGGAGGACACCCUCUGCUCAGAGGUGCAGAGCCAGCAGGUGAGGCAGUUCUGCUGCCAGGAGACCAAAGGACCCCGAGAGGUUUGCAGCCGACUCUACCACCUUUGCCGUCAGUGGCUGAAGCCAGAAAGGCACACGAAAGCUGAGAUGCUGGACCUGGUGAUCUUGGAGCAGUUCCUGGCUGUCCUUCCACCGGAGAUGGAGAGCUGGGUGAGGGACUGUGGAGCGGAGACCAGUUCCCAGGCGGUGGCCCUGGCCGAAGGUUUCCUCCUGAGUCAGGCAGAGGAGAGAAAGCAGGUGAGAGAGACUUUCCUCUGGAUACUCCCAAGGGGCUCCAAACAGGACAGAGAACAUCCCAUCAUGCUCUACUGAUGGCUCAUAUUUUUUUCCUGGGAAGUGUUACGGUAAAAUCUGGGUGUGAGGCUGCUCUGCCACCCAGCUCGUCGGACUAAGUCCGUGGGUCCCUGCGGAGGAAAAAAUGAGCUCAGCCGGAGACAGGAGCAAGCUGCAGAAGAUCCAAGUUUCUUGUGCAACAGGUUCAAGGCGAGAUUGAACCGCGAGAAAGGGGUGACAUGAACUUUUAAAACUUCCCUCCAUGUCCCAGAAUACAGUGCAGAAUACAUCACAGUUACAACAUGAAUACAUUAAGGAGAGGUUGGGUUACACAGAUUACAUCAUGAAUACAUUAGGAAGAGGUUGGGUUACACAGAUUAACAUAUGGAGGAGGGAGGGGGGAAUAUGCAGAGCUGGAGAUAUGCGCAGAUAAGCACAUCCUGAGUACCGGUGAUGAGAAGACAAUGGUCCAUGUAUGCCUAGUCUGCCACCUGGCAUUGCCCGGAGGAAAGGCUUGGCAGAGUGAUUUGACGGGAUUAGGGUCUUCCUGAGAGUACGUGACACCUCGCUUGAGGGAUUAUGGAGGACAGGGGAGGUGUCAUGGAGUCCUAGAAAAAUUGAGCCGAUUGGCACCAAAAGCAAGAAAAUUGGUGUUGUGGUUGAUUUUAUAUGAAUUUUUAAAGAUUUUAGCCCAUUUUAGAUUGACAAUUGAGAUCGGAAACAAAAUGGAUACAUUGUAGCAAGAUUUGACAAUUUUAUGAGUUCACAAGUUUUGAUUCCAUUGUUCUCCCAGCGGGGAGCCGUCAGCAGCUUGUCAAGAGGUUAAAUGAGGCGUGCAGGAGCUCGCUGAGGUAGCUCUGCAAGACGAAUGCAUGGUUCUGAUUGGGUAGAACGCACCCAUUCAAAGGAUAGGAAAUAUAACUCUAUACGGUCUACCCAUAGUAAAAUAGAGCGGGAGGGAAGGCAUAAGAGUUUGGGCUUAUUUCGCCCGUAAUAGCGGAUCAGUGUAGGAAAGGGGAAAGGCACUUUAUUUAUGGGGCUUGGGGUAAAGUGUGGUGCUUGGUGUGGGGGCUGAGGGGGUCCAUGUGGGGCUGGGUGCCCUUGAGGUCAUCGCCUCGGACCCUCUGGUGACCGGCAGAAGGGUGAAGAAGACAUGCUCCCCCCCCUUCCGUAUCAGAAGGCAUCCAUGGAAUGAGAUCUGUCACCCUUGAAGCUGUUGGCCCUGUCAUUCAUUUUUUAAUCCUUCUCCCCAUUCUCUCUUUUGAAUACUUUUUUCUUUUUCAGGGAAAGGAUCUCUUUGCAGAAAUGGGCCAGAUUUCUUCUGAGGCAGAGAGGCCUCUGCUGGACACCAGAGAGAGGCAGCUGGGUAAGGAGGGAGGAGGUUUUUCUCCGUUUAGUCUCAUUCUGUUGGUUUUCCAACUCAUCUGUGGGUACUUUUCAUCUUUUGUUGGGGGAGAUAGUGGGGAGGGGAGAUAUGUUUUUUCACAACUAACAUCUGAAGUGCACCCAAACAUUCAAAUGCACUCAGCAGGCGAGACUUUCUCAAAGGCCCCUCUAGUUUAAUAAUAAUAAUAAUAAUAAUAAUAAUAAUAAUAAUAAUAAUAGUUUAGAUGCACUGAUUCACCUGUUAGACAAGAAGGCACUCUGGGCCUCCCCCUUACCAUUUUCCCUCUUGCAGGUGACACAGUGAUACUGGCUAAACCUCUUCAACCAUCUCUGAAUGGGGACGGAAGAGAAGCAGUGGCUGUGGAACCAGAUCAGGUCAGGGGAAGCUGCCUUGUGGGGACAGAGGUCAAGGGGCGGAACAAUGUCGUAGCUCAAGGAGUGGUGGUGAACAACAGUGUUGUCUCAGAGGAGGACAUUUCCCUUUUUCCUUUAGGGUCCAGUGUGCUUUGAAGAUGUUGCUGUUUGUUUCACGGAUGAGGAGUGGGAGUUGCUGGAUCCUGACCAGAGAGCUCUGCAUAAGGAGGUCAUGGAGGAGAAUCGUGGGACCGUGGCCUCUCUCCGUAAGGCUCCCAGUGGGAUCAUAAUAUCUGUUUCUAAAUUCAAAACUCCAUAUGUGACGAACCUCAUAUAUUUUCACAGAACUCAACAGCGCCCCCUACAACACCGGAUAUCACAACCCAAAAAAACAUUGAACAGUAGAUUGCUGUUUUUUCUGUGAAUGUUCUUCCUCCAGUUGCAGCUCAUUAAACAAGGAUCAGCUGGUCUGAACUCCCCAGACCCUUUUGACUGUAUACUUCAGAGUUGUUAGGGAAGUUGACGUAGCUUGUGUCAGGUUUUCAGUUUUUGUUUUUUCUCCCGUCAGUCUUUGGUUGUCCAAAGAGAAGACUGACAUUGGAAAUGGAGGGAUGCCAUGAUGGAGCCAAAGAAAAUCCAUUCGAGAGAAGAGCCAGGCUUAUCGAAUCACAGGUUCCCCUAAGGAUGUCGGUUGAUCCCCGUUAAUUAAUGCACCCAACCCUUCAGAAAACCAUCCAUCUAACCCACUAGUGUUAUUCCUCUAUUACCAGUGUUAACAAGUAUUCUUCCUUAAUUUCUCCCUGAGGCGCUAAUCCAUUUCUCUUCAUUGCAGAUAGUGAUGGAUUGGAAAUCAAGGACAAGGGUGACCAUGACAAAAUCCCCACAAUGGAGAAGCUGUAUAAAUAUCUUGAAAGUGGAAAAAGUUCCAAUUCCACUUCCCAUCAAGGAAAUCUCAUUAGGAAGAAACCCUAUCACUGUGUGGAAUGUGGAAAGAGCUUCAGGAAGAGCUCCGAUCUCACUUCCCAUCAAAUAAUUCAUACAGGGGAGAAACCCUAUCAGUGCUUUGAAUGUGGAAAGAGCUUCACUCACAGCCACCAUCUCACUUCCCAUCAGAGAAUUCAUACAGGGGAGAAACCCUAUCAGUGUGUGGAAUGUGGAAAGAGCUUCAGUACGAGCUCCAAUCUCACUUCCCAUCAGAGAAUUCAUACAGGGGAGAAACCCUAUCAGUGCAUGGAAUGUGGAAAGAGCUUCAGUACGAGCUCCUCUCUCACUUCCCAUCAAAGAAUUCAUACAGGCAAGAAACCCUAUCAGUGCAUGGAAUGUGGAAAGAGCUUCAGGAAUAGCUCAAAACUCACUUCCCAUCAAAGAAUCCAUACAGGGGAGAAACCCUAUCAGUGUGUGGAAUGUGGAAAAAGCUUCAGUACGAGCUCCAAUCUCACUUCCCAUCAGAGAAUUCAUACAGGGGAGAAACCCUAUCAGUGCAUGGAAUGUGGAAAGAGCUUCAGUACAAGCUCCUCUCUCACUUCCCAUCAAAGAAUUCAUACAGGCAAGAAACCCUAUCAGUGUGUGGAAUGUGGAAAGAGCUUCAGGAAUAGCUCAAAACUCACUUCCCAUCAAAGAAUUCAUACAGGGGAGAAGCCCUAUCAGUGUGUGCAAUGUGGAAAGAGCUUCAGGAAGAGCUGCCAUCUCGCUUCCCAUCAGAGAAUUCAUACAGGGGAGAAACCCUAUCAGUGUGUGGAAUGUGGAAAGAGCUUCAGGAAGAGCUGCCAUCUCACUUCCCAUCAGAGAAUUCAUACAGGGGAGAAACCCUAUCAGUGUGUGGAAUGUGGAAAGAGCUUCAAUACGAGCUCUGAGUUCACUAAGCACCAGAGAAUUCAUACAGGGGAGAAGCCCUAUCAGUGUGUGGAAUGUGGAAAGAGCUUUAGUCGCAGCAGCAGUCUCACUUCCCAUCAGAGAAUUCAUACAGGGGAGAAACCUUAUCAGUGUGGGGAAUGUGGAAAAAGCUUCAGUCAGAGCUCCAAUCUCACUUCCCAUCAGAGAAUUCAUACAGGGGAGAAGCCCUAUCAGUGUGUGGAAUGUGGAAAGAGCUUCAGGAAGAGCUGCCAUCUCGCUUCCCAUCAGAGAAUUCAUACAGGGGAGAAACCCUAUCAGUGUGUGGAAUGUGGAAAGAGCUUCAGGAAGAGCUGCCAUCUCGCUUCCCAUCAGAGAAUUCAUACAGGGGAGAAACCCUAUCAGUGUGUGGAAUGUGGAAAGAGCUUCAAUACGAGCUCUGAGUUCACUAAGCACCAGAGAAUUCAUACAGGGGAGAAGCCCUAUCAGCGUGUGGAAUGUGGAAAGAGCUUUAGUCGCAGCAGCAGUCUCACUUCCCAUCAGAGAAUUCAUACAGGGGAGAAACCUUAUCAGUGUGGGGAAUGUGGAAAAAGCUUCAGUCAGAGCUCCAAUCUCACUUCCCAUCAGAGAAUUCAUACAGGGGAGAAACCUUAUCAGUGUGGGGAAUGUGGAAAAAGCUUCAAUCAGAGCGCCAGUCUCAGUUCCCAUCACAGAAUUCAUACAGGAGAGAAACCCUAUCAGUGCUUUGAAUGUGGAAAGAGCUUCAGGAAAAGCUCCUCUCUCAGUUUCCAUCAAAGGAUUCAUACGAAGAGUGGAAAACCCUUCAUUAUACAGCUUUCAGCGCUAGAGAAAAACACACCACUUUAA